AUGUGGGAGUCGGAUGGGGGCAACAUCCGUUCUUUGAUUCCCGGAAAGAACACGCGAUCCGUCCCUCGUCGCGGAUCUCAGGAAGAAGGUAAAUUCAUCUGA